UCAGAACGUACUUUACGUGGGUGACUUCACUCCCCAAGCUCUCAGCAUCUUGCGUCGUACAUGUCAAGCUCACCCUCUCCAGGUUUAUUUCUUGAUUCCGGAUUUCUACGCCUUCACCAUGUUAUUUGCUAAAACGGCCAUUAUACUGGAAUGGAUGCGCAUCUUCGUUCCCAAGGGCACGCGUAACUUUUUCUUCUGGACAUGUCUAUCGAUACUGUCCGUCAACGCAGCAUUCUAUGUUGUUGCAAUAUUCAUCAUAAACCUGACAUGCAGACCGGUACAGAAGUCUUGGUAUCUGAUGACACCUGGUGUCUGUUUUGGUGCAGAAACAAGACGGCACUUUGACUUUUCCUCGGCAUGCAUCAAUCUUGCUCUGGAUAUAUUGAUCUUGUUUUUGCCCCAGCGUACUAUCUGGACGUUGAAUAUGCCUUCCAAGAAGAAGAUAGGUGUAUCUUUGGUCUUUACUAUCGGUCUCGGGGCAUGCGCUGCUGCGUUGGGACGGGUCAUCACCGGACGGACUUUGUUUGGAAGUCAGGACAGGACUUACGAUGCGGCUGCUCCAACACUGUGCGUUCUGGCAGAAAUGACCUGCACCUUUCUAGUUUUCAGUUCUCCUGCCAUACUGAAGGUCUUCACCAAAACACGGGCUACCAUGCAAAUUGCUGAAACUUUGAGGUCAUGGUCCCGCAUUUUCUCUCGCAACCGAUCCGUUGGCAGCAAUACAUCAGGACAGAAUGCUGGCAUGGAACCUGGAGCUUAUCGCAAGAUGCAUGAGAAUUCCGAGCUGCCGCUUGCCCGUCUGAGCAGACCAGCUGAAGGAGGUGCUAAGCCAUGGGCUGGAGGCGCUAUCCAUGGUGGCAGACAACGUGAUCACGAUGAUGAAAUUUUGCGUUCAACUACCUUGAGCGCGGAUGGUCAUGAGUUAGCUAGUUGACAGCACCAUAAUCAGCAUCUUUGGCCACAGAACUCGGGGCUGAUGGAGCCCUGAGUCACACUCGAGUUACAGCGAAGAAAAGUUUUGACGUACCUUGUUUCUAGUAUUGACUUAAUUAGAUAUAUAUAUAUACUAUUUGAAGCAUGCCUGA